UUUCUUCAGAGCGCCAUGGUAACGCCGGAAGCACAUGGUGGGCUACUUCCUGGCGCUUUCAUCGUCAUCAUCAUUCAUCAGCAGCGCCAUUCCAAACAUAAAAUCGGAGCUCUGUCGUUUGUGGAGUGUUGCGUUUUGUUUACGUUUUCAAUAGAAACGGUGUCAUCAAAGCACAUCUCUAUGGGCAUCGAAGAAGAUGCCAAACUUCACAGAGACUCGCCGAAUGCCAUAGAGGCCCGUGGGGCUAGAGAUCGGGGCAGGGAGAGAGAAAAGAGGCACAGAUCCCGUUCUCGAAGUAAAGAACGUCGGAAGCGGUCGAGGAGCAGGGACAAGAGGUCAAGGUCUCGAAGUCGAGAGAGGAAGAAAGAUCGCAGAGGGGAGAAGGCACGAGAUGGAAAGGGUAGAGAGAAACGAAAAGACAAGAAAGACGAGAAACAAGACAAGUCAUUAAGGACUUCAGAUAAAAGAGAGGGGGAACUUGACGAUGAGGGAAACAAGCUGAAAAAAGAACCCCUUUCUUUGGAAGAAAUAAUGGCUAAGAAGAAAGCUGAAGAGGAGGCACGAAGUAAGCCCGUGUUCCUGACCAAGGAAGAACGUGCAGCGGAAGCUCUACGACGAAGGCAAGCGGAGACAGAGGAACAGCGGAGAAAAAUGGAAGAAGAAAGGAAAAAGCGGCAACAGUUCCUAGAAGUGGCAAAAAGAGCUAUGGAGGAGUCUCUAGAGCGUCCUGACAGGCGAGAUCGUCGGGACCGCAGGGACCGAGACAGGGACAGAGGUGGAGGAGACGAUGACGAAGAAGAUAGGGAUAAGAUACGUGAACAGAAAGACAAGGAGAAAGAGUUUGAAGCUAUUAAGGAACGCUACUUGGGAUUGAUGAAGAAAAAAAGGCGCGUAAGGCACCUUAACGAUCGCAAGUUUGUUUUUGACUGGGAUGCAUCUGAGGACACUGCAGUGGACUACAACCCAAUCUACAAGGAGAAACACACUGUGCAGUUCUUUGGAAGGGGUCACGUUGGUGGCAUCGACCUCAAGGCCCAAAAAAAAGAGCAGUCAAAGUUCUAUGGGGAACUGUUGGAGAGGAGACGUACACAGGCAGAGAAGGACCAGGAAGUUCUUCGUUUGAAAAAAUUGAAGAACAAGGAGGAGAAGCAGAAGUGGGACGACCGUCACUGGUCUCACAAGUCUCUGGAGGAGAUGCAAGAACGUGAUUGGCGCAUUUUCCGCGAGGACUUCAACAUCACCAUUAAAGGUGGUCGCAUCCCCAAUCCUCUGCGCUGCUGGAUGGAGUCCAAUCUGCCGUCUUCAAUCCUUGACAUCAUUGCUGAGCUUGGAUAUAAGGAUCCAACUCCUAUCCAGAGACAGGCCAUACCCAUAGGCCUGCAGAAUCGUGAUAUUAUUGGUGUUGCAGAAACUGGCAGUGGAAAAACGUUGGCAUUCCUUCUCCCUCUUCUCAUGUGGAUCACAUCAUUACCGAAGAUAGUCAGGCAAGAGGACGCUGACCAGGGCCCUUAUGCCAUUAUCAUGGCACCCACACGUGAGCUGGCACAACAAAUCGAAGAGGAAACAACAAAGUUUGCAAAGGUGCUGGAGAUUCGUACAGUGGCUGUCAUCGGAGGUCUCUCGAGAGAGGAACAAGGCUUUCGUUUACGACUUGGCUGUGAGAUUGUUAUUGCAACACCUGGCCGUCUCAUUGACGUCCUGGAGAACCGGUACCUUGUGCUGAGUCGCUGUACCUACAUCGUCCUGGAUGAGGCAGACCGCAUGAUAGACAUGGGCUUCGAGACUGAAGUGCAGAAGAUCCUGGACUUCAUGCCGGUGACUAAUCAGAAACCAGAUACAGAGGAGGCAGAAGAUGAAGAAAAACUGUUGGCAAAUUUUGCUUCCAAGCACAAGUACAGGCAGACUGUGAUGUUCACCGCUACCAUGCCCCCAGCGGUGGAACGUCUUGCCCGCUCCUAUCUGCGACGUCCAGCAAUUGUAUACAUUGGCUCAAUUGGAAAGCCAGUGGAGCGCGUGGAACAGGUGGUCUUCCUUCUCACAGAGUCUGAGAAGAGAAAGAAGCUGAUCGAGAUACUCAACAAAGGCGUUGAACCGCCAGUCAUCAUCUUCGUUAACCAGAAGAAGGGAGCUGAUGUGCUCGCCAAAGGCCUGGAAAAAAUGGGCUUCAAUUCCUGCACACUUCAUGGUGGAAAAGGUCAAGAGCAGCGUGAGUAUGCUCUGGCAAGUCUUAAGAGCGGUGCCAAGGACAUGUUAGUGGCGACAGAUGUGGCCGGGAGAGGUAUCGACAUCCGUAACGUCUCCAUGGUCAUUAAUUAUGACAUGGCAAAGUCCAUUGAAGACUACACUCACCGUAUCGGCCGUACUGGUCGUGCUGGACUUCAUGGAAAGGCUGUGUCCUUCCUCACGAAGGAGGACUCGCAUCUGUUCUACGACUUGAAGGCACUGAUGUUGAGCAGUCCUGUAUCCACGUGUCCUCCAGAACUUGCCAACCAUCCAGACGCACAACACAAGCCAGGAACAGUUGUCACGAAAAAGAGACGGGAGGAAAAGAUAUUUGCAUAAUGAGUCAUGAUGAGUUAAGUAUGAGCUGUAUUCAAUUCAAUAAAACAUUGAAAGUUUUA